AUGCCUCGUCACCAGCAAUUAAGGUAAAGACAGAAAGUCAGCCAGGAAUUUGUCAGUGUUUGUUAGGGCCAAAAGGCAGGUUUUUGUGUCCGAUAAGCCCGAAACCACAUCAACGAAGGACAAGAAAAGAAAAAAUAGAAGAGCAAAGAAAAAGAAAGGAGGGGAAAAAAUUGCCAUGGUUGCACUCUUAGUUUUUAUAUUGGCUACGUUUUGGGGCGAAAACAAAACUGCUUGAUGGAAGAGGUCUAUUUGACAGUAACGUUUUCAAAAAUUCUGUAAGAUAUAUUUUUAUUGUGCAUGAGGUAAGAAACAAAUUUGUAGACUGCAAAACAUCCUCACUUUACGGAUGGAACCCGCGUACUAUUCCCCUAACAAAAUACCCUCACUACUCACUUACAUAACAACUUAAACUCGUCCCCAGGUCUUCUCGGUUAACGGUUCACGAUUUGGCAAUUUUUCUGCAAGAUUGACGUCAUUUUUCAUAUCGCAAAAUUCUUCCAAAUUCGGUCGACAAUAGCUGGCUAUGAAUCAUGUGUGGGAUUUUAGCCAAUCAGAAACAGAGAAAUAGUUUGAAUGAAUAAUAAUGAAGUUUAUUCAUUUCUGAUGUUUGUGAUGUAAUUUUGAUCCUCACAGGAAGUACUCGCCUGGUGACGCAUUUGUUGGUUACCAUGCUGACACAGCAGCUUGCGCCGUACUGCAAGUAACCAGCAACAUUGAAGAAAGCGAGUUCAGUGAUAAACAUUUGCAAGACAAGGUAUAGUGAGACGUAAUUUGGAUGAAUUUGAACCCAGUGUUGGCUAAUUUAACCUUUUUUGGUAGCUCAUUAGUUUCUGGUACAGUAUUUAAUGCUAAGUUUCCUUCCAAUCUGCUCUUUUUCAUCAUAGCCGUUCAAAGAAUCUGAGGUGGUGUCACAAAUGGUCGUUUCUCCGUUUUCCAGAAGCACACUGCUUUUCUUUAUCGUCUCUUUACCACUCUGUCUGUUAGCAAAGUGUGAUGAAACCAUUGAUGAACCCAUAGAAUCGCAUUCUUUUUACUGAAAGUGGUGGAAAUACACCUUCAUAAGUAGGAAAGUUAGUAUUCACACACCUUAUUUGCUUGAUCGAUUAACAUUUGCUUGCCUUUCAGCUCUUCCAGGAAUCGAAAGAAUUGUUGUUACAAUGCGCAACUCCGGAUGCUGUUGUACGUCUGCUAUCUACACACCUUGCUCCCCAAGCAGACGAGCUCUGGACAAAUUACUUUACAAUACAGGAACAUUCAAGUCUAACAGCUUUUCUAAGAAAUGCGCUGACAAUAGAGGGAGGGCAUUCCGGAAAGUGGAGUUUAAUUCAGGUGAGCGCUGAUUUGAUCUCGCGUCGGUAAUUAAUGAACCAGCACGUAAUAACUGUGGAAUAAUAUUGAAUUUGAUGUAACUAGGCUGUUAAUUGUCAUAACCACUAUGACUUCUCUGUAUUGCCGGAGAUAACUUAUUUUUUCUUGUAGGUGACAACUCAUUCCAGAUUGCUGUCGUCAAAUGAUUUGCAAGACAUAGCACGUGCUACAUCUCUACCCUUGCCAAACGUAACAUGUCUAAGUCUUCAGCAGUUCCACACGGAACAACAGUUUUGCUCAUCUGUGAGGUAUACAAAAUUAAUUGCAAGUGUUAACUACUAUUGCAUUUCUAAACUUUAGGCAGAUAGGAAGUGAGCUUACUUGCAGGGACGAGGGGGGCAGAGGAUAUUUUUUGAAUGAGCAUCAUUUUUCCAUAUCCCACCUAAACAAAGGUGAGUAAGUUUUGCGUUUUAGAGAUACUUUCGUCGUCCUUAUGUCACAAGUACUUCCUUGACAACUGCAGAAAAAAUUUACCUUAUUUUGACCAAUUAAACGAAAUGGAUUAAGAGCGAUGUGCCGUUUUUAAAGCCUUUGCCGUCGUGGUUGCUUAAGCUUCCUAACAGCAGUCCAGCCGAAACAUUUAACUCAAAGACUCAAUCUAUUGUUGCAUGUUAUCACCUUGUGAUUUUAUAGGGAUUUCUUUGCACAACUUGGUGGGAGGAAAGGACUGCUUAUCGUGCAAUGCGAUGCUGGAGACGUCAAUCGUAAUUUGAUUCCCUGUGCCCGACACCUUCUCGUGGAACAAAGGACAACUGCAAAAGAAGAUUUCAAAGAAAAUUUUGGGAAUGACCCUUCAUCAUUUCUGCAUGUAGUUAUGAUUAUUCAACUUCCUCGACUUGUCGGAGGCUGUGGAGCAUUUGCUGGUUUCCAGGGAGGAAGGAAGCUGUCUGUUCACAUUGACGAACUUCGACCGCCAACUGGUCACAUCCCAGCCAUUCAAUUCAUGGUGGAUCGGUCAAUGAGUGAGUUAUUUGAUGUUGCAUCAAGCAGCAUACGGGUGGACAAAAAAUACGUUGAGGCAGCGAGAGAUGACAUGGAAGUCGACGAACAGAGUGAUGCUAUUGCGGAUAGAGUAAAUAUCGUCAGCCUUUUGAGAAGCUGUGUUCAAGCAGCUAUUGCAAGAAUUGAUGCUGAACCAUGGCGCUCAUCACGAUCAACACGGCGAAUUGAGCUUAUGCUGAGUCUUCUUCGAGACGGUAGAACAGAUGGGACUGGUAAGGGUGGCGUUCAGUUAUCUUUAAUUAUUCCCUCGUUAUGAUUGUCUCAAGUUUCACAACAUUAUACCAAGCCAGUGGACUCCUUGCAAAGUAUGAAACAGUUUGAAGUCACUGCGAUUCCUUAGACAACUGCCCGUGCUGAGCGUUUUGUCAACAAGGAUCUUUCUUCAUGGUUUGAUUGGCUUCUAGUAACCAAUUGAUCAUGUCAGCAACAUUUUUUCUUCUUACUUUAUAGAUCUAUCAUUUUCUACUAUUCUGGCUCGACGAAUCCACAAACUUCUUCAAGAAAAGGAUGAACGGGCUGGAAAUAAGGCAAAUGACUGGCUACGCUCUGAGGCUUUAAGCGGUACUGGAAUCCAAGAAAAUGGAACAUUCAGGAAAGCCCUGUGGCAAAGAGUCUAUUCAUCAGUUAUUUCAAUUCUUUCUGAAGUAAUCGCUUUCGUUGACCGUGACUCCAACCUAGACCUGCUGAUGGAUGGAGGGAAUUGGUUUUCAAGUCUUUGGCUAGGGUUUUUCCAAAGUGAAAACAUAGUCGAACUUCAUUAUGAGAGCUUUUUGUCGCUGGAAAGUGGUAUCAUACGAGAACGUGUUCCUGUGGUCACCUCGGGUCGUGAAAAGCAGUCGUUUGAACUGCAGUUUCCUUUCUCUUGGAUAAUUAAGGAAAGAAUUGAUGCCAUGUGGAGGGAGGCUUCGAGCAUUGCUGGUGAGACACUUUUUUUCUUUUAAAAAAGAGUUGUUUCAUUUUUCAUAUUGUCUCUGAAAAACGUCUACGAUCUCAUCUUGAUACUGUUGUGUCCUUUGUUGUCCUUAGCGGGAUCAAACACGCCAAUUCAACAGUGUUUACAUGACCUUGUAAACAAUAGUGAAAUGGGCCGUUUUCUUGACGAGUCUUCGUUAGAAGGUUGUAAAGAAGCUGCCGUUGAGCGUUAUCUUCAUGAUUUUGUUCACAUGGUGCUGAAGCCAUUAGUACCUGAAGAGGAAAAGGUAUAAGGCAUAAUUUCCGGAAUGUUACUGGUGUUUUCCUACCCUGCAGCUCCUUUCACGAUCGACGAUCGAACUGAUUAAGAUUAUUUUGCAUUAUAUACUAGGGUUUUUUUUUUAAUCCAUAAGAAUUGUUUUGAGCCGUUUUAUAUGCCUAUUUUCUAUUUUGAGAAAUUCUCAACUUAAAACUGACGUUUGCCGUUUGCCGUAAACGUGACUCUGAAUCUCUCAAAUGUCUUAAUAAUGUCAUGUACACUACUGGACCUUUUUGUGAAUGAGGGUUGCAAGUAAAGCAAAUCUUUCUCGUAGACACUGCAAUAAUAUAUUGGUAAGAGCUCACCGCUAGCCUUUUUUUGAUUUUGUUUUAGCUACUCCGUCAGGCUAUUGUCACAGCCGCUCGCGAAUGGUAUGUCGACUCGAAUUUUUCAGAGGAGUUUAAUCUCAGCAUCCCUCUUAUCCAUGUUGUGCAUGACGCCAUCGAGAAACGCUUGGCAAAUUUCAGCCAACUGUUACAUGCGCAGCGGGACAUUGUAAGCGGUCUUCUAGAAGUCAUUCCGCCCAACGAACAGGAGAUGGUAAGAAAGGGUAUAAGUUAGGUAGCCUAAUAAUUAAUAUGUCCCAUGACUGGGCUUUCGAGGGCACAGGAAAGAAACUAAGUAGUCUACUAGACGGUUUUCUUUUUUUGGGCACAAACCCGAAGCUACGUUUUGUUGUUACUUCGCAUCUUGCAAAGUGUUCUUGAAAACUGUAAUCGUAAUGUAAGUGUUCUGCACUCACAUAAAUUACUUAGCACUAAAAAUGUAUAUUUGGUAAAACACACUCCCUGUAAUACUUUCUGCUUUGAAGAAAGUAGUAGUUGUCAUGUGGUUUGUAGGACCUAAUGCACAUAUUUCCCUCAGAAACUCUACGGAAUAGAUGCAAAAAUAUGUUGUUUACUUUCUGUGAAUGGACUUGUAUGAAAAGCCGACCAAUAACCCUAUUGAACACUUUCUUUCAUGGAUACAUUACCUAUUACUCCCUACUCCACAGUGUUUUCACAAAGCUUAGGCAGAGAAACUCGAAAGCACAACCAGCACCAACUUUGUCCCAAGACAGUGAAUGUAAUGAAGAAAGAUAUCAAACUUAAACAUGGCCGGAUAACACUAUCUGACCGUCUAUUGUAGUGUAGUAGCUUCUGACUACUAACCUUGUGAUUUGCGAGGGAGAAACCCGACUCCUGGCACAAAACAUUUACUCUCGGAAAUCCUUGCUGUGACUAUCUAAAGCUCGUGCCUCUGGGCUACCCAUGACUGUUUCCUUAACUUCUUGAAUCCAACAUUUAGGUCCUUGAUGCAGUUGCCCUUCGGUUGUGUUUGUCACAGCUUGAACCAAGAGCAGAAGAGUUCGCUGAUUCUCAGACUUGCUUAGUGUGGUGCAACAGAGUCCUGUCCAUCAGAUCAAGCGCCGAAAACAUGCUUUACAGCAAAUCACAGUAUGGACCUAAAUCAACUCAGAUUCUUAAUCAUUGCAGGUCUGUGACGAGCAAUUUAGUGAUACCUGGAAAAACGAUCCUUGUAGUCUGUUGCAAAUCUCUGGUAAAUCCUUAUUACACUAAGGACAGCCUAAAAAACAAGUAUUGUAAAUUUAGAAUUCUUGCAAUAGCUCUUUUACUGCUAAUAAAGGCCGAAGAAAUUUGAAAUUUCUUUUUGCAAAUUCCACGAAAUAAAUAGCAAUAUGAAAACUUUCUGCAAAAGAGGCUUCAUGUGAAUAGUAAUACUAUAGGAUUCCAUCCACAGAUAAAGAACUUAGAUUGACAUGAUGUUUGAGCCAAAAGGUUUAUGUAAAAUACGUUCUCUUCAUAAUAGGUUCCUUGAUCUUUCGGUUCACAGUGGUUUAGACCUCUUUUUCCUGGUCUUUAUCAGGCGAUGAUCAAAACAGAUCUGAUGAAGACCAGCAGGACGCUGUUGAAACUUGGCGAUCAAUAGGAAAGUGACUGACGUCUAGAAUUCCAAAUUAUGUUGAUUAUUACUUUCCAUGCUAUUCUCUUCUUUAUUUUGCCAUCCCAACAGGUCAACUUGGCAAAGAGUGUGCGCUGUAAGACUGUUUAUAGAACACACCUGUCUUGGUUCAUCGACAUGUCAUCCAGCGGAUGACGUAAAUGCUUUCAAGCUUUGGAAGGUGAGAAUCAACCUUUUCUACCCAUCCCCAAGCUUUGGAACGAGGUUGGGUGAGAAUAGAAGGCACCGUGGUACUCUCGUCUUUUCUAUGUAUUUUAGCCGGUGACUUUAAGUUAAACUAGCAAGAGUGUUCCAUUAAGUUGUAGAUCCCGAGCUUUUAGAUGCCUUACUCCUCAAGGGUUAUACUUAGAGUGCCGUAACUUGAGCCCCAGACAAAGUUCAGUCGUCAAAAUUGCCUGAUGAGUGUGGUCGUUUCACCAUACGAAACAGUUCUGUAGCAAUAAAACGAUGAUUACUCGUGAAACCUGAACUUCUGUGAAGUUAUAUGUAGAUAUAUAUAUAUAUAUGUAUAAUUUCUUAGAAAAAGCAGCGUUUUUACAAAAAUAUAUUUUUUGUUAGAAAGUUGAUUUUUUUAUGUAAAAAAGAUGUAUUUUUACAGAAAAAAAUUUUUGUAACAAAGCUGCUUUUCAUGUAAAAAAGCCUAUUUCUGUAAAUAAUGCCUUAUUUGUGAUAUUGUGCUUAUUUACACACACAUAAAUAGGCAGCUUCUUGGUUUUUACUGAACCACAUUGAUGUGCUUCUCAAUGAUUCUUAAAUCAAGUUCGCGCUCCUAUUUUACAACAGCCUGUAGGUUGGUUGUAGAAGUUCUUUCGUUUACUAUUAUUAUUGUGUGAGCCGAAAACUGUACUGUUAUGCAUCCUUUUUUCCAAGGUUAUCAGGUGCAAUAAUUGGUUUAAAUGUCAACAAAACACUUGGCUAUAUUAUAAAUGAAGUCACUCUGUUUACAUACAUUGAUAAGGGGCAGGAUGUAAGACGCGUGCACGCGUGGUCCAAGUUGUUAAGAAAUUAUAUGUUACUCAUUCAUUUUAGCAUUGAAAGUCCGAGAAACAAAAUAAUGCAACUCGAUUAGUGUCAUCUUACCCCGGGGGGGAAGGGCCUGAUAUAAACCAUACAGGUAUGUGCCGCCCCAAAGGGUAGGAAUUUUGCGCCGUGUUGGCCUGUAGACGGGUCCCAUUAAGUACGGCUGUAUAUCAAUGUGUUCGUCUUUUCAAUUCCAAAAAAGAAGAAAGUGUAAUAUGUGGAUUCGAAAUGACUUUUAAGAAAUCUGUUUGUUGCGGUUUUCGUCUUAUCAAUGAUAACAUAAUUUCUGUUUCCAAACACGUAAUGUUGUGUUUUGUUACCACCUCCAGAACUGAAAAAGGAUGUGGGAAAUGACAUUUUUUUUGGUCCGAAAUACUGCCAGGAUUUGGAGAACCGGGCGGCGGCACACCCCUACCAAGAAUUCCCUUUAUUCCUUUUAUGCCUUUUAUUCCCCAGAACUAUAACAAUUCUAUUUAUAACAGUGCUUCCUGUCAUCCCUUUUUUAUUUCUUUUUUAAAAUUCAUUUUUUAAAUCUCAGAAAGCAUAACAUUGCAACCUUCUUUUCAAGGACACCAAUGAAAUGAAACAACAACAGACAUUUGAUAAUGCGGAAAAAAAAUUGUUCUGACUGCCGGACAUACAACAAAAGACUUAGAGGGGUGCCCGGGUCUAAUAUGAAAAACCGAACUAUGAGAAAUUCAUGCCAAUGGCCUUUUGGAUGUCUUCUUUUGAUAUCUGCGAGAGCUCUGAUUCAUCAUCCUUCACCUCUCCAAAGGAGUCAGAGCAUAGCCUUUCGGCGAGGCUUUCCUUCGCUAGCUCAAAUAAACGAUCACAAAACCCCGCAUUCCACGCCUUUCUAAAAUCCUCCGGGGUGUGCAGAGCGAUCAGAUUACCCAAUUCCUGUACUGUUAUGUCAGUAUUGAAACCACGCGUUUGAAGCUUCCGCAUGAAAAUAUCAGCAAGUUCUUCGCACGUGAAGUCAUCACAUAUGAACAUUGCUCUUAUUCUACGCCUAAAACCGGGGUUCAAUUUUAUGAACUCUUCCAUCCGAGCUGGGUAUCCAGCAAAUGUCAUCACUGGAUUACCUCGGAGCAUGGCUUCCAUCAAGGUAAUCCUUCUCGGAGUCCACCUUCAGACGAUACGCCUCAUCUACGAAAAGUACGCCGCCCUCUGCCCGCUCGAUACACACUUUCGUCUGGAGGCAGUCUGCCCGAGAAACGAGGCAACAAGAUCGGGUCGUUGAACUUCGACCAACUUUGAUGUUUUGGUAAUUCCCAGGUCUUUCAAGAUGCCUAGAAAAAUAUAAAUACAUUUUAACCUCCAUUAAGCAGCCACCCUCCGGGUACCUGUAAGUGAUCACUUAAUAGAGAUUAGCCGGUCGAUAGAGGUUCAUCAGCAGAAACUUCGCUUUAUUUUGAAACAAGUGCGCGAGGGAAGGUGUGUUACGGGUCCACAAUUGGCCGUCACCUUCUAUAACGACGAUACUUUCCUUCAUCAUAUUCGUAACUAGACGUACGACUGGUUAAUUGAGGUGACAACAAUAGAAUAACCCGUUGUCGGUUGCCGCUGUCGCUCAGUGGAGGUGGCGGCUUGAAAUGUGUAUAACUUCUUAGUCCAGUCAUUCGUUCCUACAAUUUGAUCACUGGCCGCUUAUAAGAGGUUGCCCUCUUAUUGAGGGCGCAACUGUUAUUUGGCUGAUGCCAGUAAUCGGGAAUUCACACACCUGCCAUCAACCUCCCUAUCGUCAUUUUCCCAGUUCCCGGAUUACCCAUGAGCACCAUGUGGUAAACAGGUGGAUCUUUCUUGUCUUUACCAGAGGCCCCUGCUGUAAUUUUAUAGGACGCCCGCUACGAAAUACAGAUAGCCAGGUGAAAAAAUAAAGUCAAGACGUUAACAUUGCUACCGUUGGGUAUUGUAGAACAACUGGCUUUCGGUCCCCGUCAAACUGUAACCUAUUCAGAUUUUAUUGGUAGUCGGGAAUGGGAAAAUAAUGAUAUUGAAAGAAACGACAGGUAGAUGUACGAUGAAUUAAACGUACGUGUGACACUAACCAUUCGCGGGAAGUCGCUGUAAUCCUCACAAUACUGGUGUAAUGCCCCAAUUCAUGGCUUAUUGCUCCCCACAAUAUCACGUUAUUGGCACUGGACCCGUAAAGGGGCAUUAAUUCACCAGGAUUAGAAAGGGAAAACUCCGAUAACGUCAAUGGAAUGUCAACUUUAGCCUGCAAGAAAAUUAAAAAUAAAGUGCACUUUAAUGGUUGGUUUUCACAAAUCUUUUAAGUCAGGUUUGGUAACCCAAACAUUAUGUGCUGAUGCAUGUCAAAAUUUAACUACAACUUCAGGUUUUCUUACGUUAACUGUACGGUUCAGGCAAAUAGCAAAUACGUUUGCAAGUCUUCUAUACUUGAUCACUCUUCGUGGUGCCGCUGAUAGCUCUAUAUCCUAUGACGCAGAAAAGAAAAACAGAAAUGAAAACGUGAGUAGGCUAUGUCGCAAAAAGGUCAGGUAUAAACACAUGAAGAACUACUCAGAUUAUCGAGUUUCAUUGGCUACAUUUCAAAUAGGAUGAAUAUCGGAAUAUCUUUUGCUUACCUUGGUGACUCCUGUCUGCACGACCUCCAAUAAACGAGUAAGUGAGUCUCCUUCCUCCCAACUGGCCGGCACGAUUAGAUAGUUACACGGAGACUCUGGACACUGAGUUAAGAAAAUCAUUUAAUGCUGUUAUUUGAACAAUAAUUUGUCCUUUUUGUUUCCAUGUAUCUUGGAAGGGAAUGAACAAAUUUACACUGCCCGGAUGCUUUAAGUUAAUUCUCCCAAAAAAGAAGACGCAAUAAUAUCCGCAUGCUGCGUUAUUUUGCCUACUCAAGACACAUUUAUAAUAAAAACCGGUUACUGAAUUUUUCAUUCCAAAACCGAAACAACAGUACGUUACCAACUAUGACGCCAUCCAAAAGCCGGCUUUAGAUGACCAAGCGUAGCGACAGGAUUUUAUAAACAGUUUUAUUUCUUGAUUAAUAUUUGGUGGUUGAGAAAAAGGAUACUGUAGAUGAAGACGUUCCCAUUUUCAUUAUCUGCAUCGGAGUCAUGCACACGACUAUAAUACGUUUCUUUGAAAGACUUGCACGUCCCCUCAAAGAGCCCAUCCUGGUCCUUUAAUUAAAAAUGGUAAUGCAUCACUGUUCAGCCAUUGUCAACGUUUGUCAAGUUGCCCCACCCUUCCAAUGCCCCAUUUUGAUAGUGAACUUAACCGGAGGCGUAUUUUCAGCGACGGGCUGCAACUGAAAGUGGCUCUGCCCAUGUUUCCAAACAAUCUCCUCUACAGGAUUAAUAACAGUUAGCAAUACUAAUUUGCUACGUCGAAAAAUGUUUGAGGCCCGGCAAAGGCCUCACUUCCUGACGGAGUGCGUUGCUAAACAAAUCACCUUUCCUUAAGCUCCCCUUUUUUGGGGAUACAGCUUCAAGAAUUACUUUGAUUUUGUAAAAAAGGCCAAGGAGCCGAAGAAGUGGGUUGGGAAGGGAAAGCCUUAAUUUCCAACGCUUUGAUCUAUGAUUCUAUUUACAGUCAAUUAGUAGAUAACGUAACUACAGUUUGUUUACAUUAACGGUCACCUCCAUUUCUACUUCCAACUUUUCCAGAAGCACUUGAUAAAACACCAUUGUGUCGUUCCAAAACCCAACACCGCGAUCUUUUUUAUCCCAGUCAAUGGCUGUCAGAAGCUCUGCUACGCUACAUUCAUAUUCUUGCCGCUGCAAAAGAAAACAAGUUGAGAACCCUAUCUAAAUAAUAAACGACUGUAAAAAGCAAAGAUAAAGUUAACCCAUACCAUGAAAUACUUACCUGGAAUCCCUUAGUGUGCACUUUCGAAGCAAUGUCGUAGAUCUUAACAGUGGCUGUCAUUGUUGGACAUCCCCCGAGUAUAACUUUGGAUGCCUGUCUGAGAUCAGUUAUAAAACGAACAUGUUGGAGAACUGAUAAAAGGCAAUUCAUAUAACAGUUGCUACCGACAUCAGGGAAGCCUGCAAGGAUUAAGCAAGAAGAACAUGGUUAGCAUGAUUUUACUGAGAGCGUGUGAAAGACACAAAUUCUAACCACGUCCUCGAGAAACCAUUUCUAAUGCCGCACCGAGAGACAGAAAACAUCAAGAAGGAAAUAUGCCGUUCUUUAACCAAAAUGGGCUACGCAUCACAGCACCUACCGGCCCUUCACAAAGCCUAAAACCACGCUAUAGUACGUCCAUCGCGAGAGCAACCACCCACCGUCACCACAAAGAACAUACCCGCCGGCAUCAACAGACGGCUAUCAUCCCUUUCAUCGGACAAAGCAUCAUUCGACCAAGCCACCCCCCAUACCAAAAAGCACUCGACGAAAGCGGAUACCACUACACUCUACACUACGAACCGACUACAACUGCUAAACGGAGAAACAGACAACGCAACAACAUCCUCUGGUACAACCCCCCAUUCAGCAAAAGCGUCAGCACCAACAUCGGUCACAAAUUUCUCACCCUAGUAGACAAACACUUCCCUAAAAAGAACAAACUCAGAAAAAUCUUCAACCGCAAUACCAUCAAGAUCAGCUACAGUUGCAUGAAUAACACUAAACAAAUUAUCGACAACCACAACAAGCGUAUCCUGAAUGCAUCCAAACACACAGAUAAAUCCACAGAUAACUCUGUUGACAACAAAUUAUGUAACUGCCGACAAAAAAACUCAUGUCCUCUUAACGGAAACUGCCUUCAAUCAUCAGUUAUCUACCAAGCAACCGUCAAACGUAACGACAAUAACACUUCUGAAACAUACAUGGGACUCACAGAAAACGCCUUCAAAACUAGUUACAGAAACCACACUGCAUCAUUCUGUCACCCAAAACACAGGAACUCUACGGAACUCAGUAAACAUGUCUGGUCCCUGAAAGACAACAACAUUGUCUAUUCUAUUUCAUGGCGUAUCAUUUCAUCUAGCUCAUCCUGUAACAGUUCUAAUAAUAUACAUGAAAAAAUUUCUCGAUUGUGAUUGGCUAAGAAAAAUGCACCUUUUUGGUAACAGUGCAGAAAAAAGGUAAUUUAGUGCAGAAAAGAGGUAACAAACGAGGCAUUCUGAUUGGUUAAUAAACAAAGGAACUCACUGAGAGCCAAUCAAGUGCGUCAUCUGAAUGGCGCAAAAUUUUGAUCCGCUCUUGACCAGUUUCGAGCAAAAACCGCAAUGGCUGGCGUUUGUAGCAGAUUUGCUUUUGCGACCGCAACAACUAUAGAGGAGCUGAAAAACUGCUCCAAAAACGAAAACACUGCAAAAAGCACCGAUUUUUGGCUCUCUGUCUGGAAGAAGUGGUGCUUAGAGAAGAAAAUUACAGAUGAAAUAGAAUAUUAUGAGCCGGCUGAGCUUAACACUUUGCUCGAGCAUUUCUACGCCGAAUUAAAAAAUAAACAAGGUGAAGAUCAUGAACCAGAAAGCCUCAAAGUUGACAGACACUUAAAGAACAAAGGCUACACCUUGUCCAUUGUACGUGACCGAGAAUUUAGUUCGUCCAAACAGGUGUUGGAAGGCAAAGCGAAACAGCUUCGCUUGGCUGGCCGUGGUAAGCGCCCAAACAAAGCUCGACAAGUAUCAGACGAGGAAGAAGAAAUUCUCUGCAAGAGCGGAAAACUCGGAGGUAAUAACCCAGAAUCUUUAAUUCAAACAAUGUGGUGGCUCCUUACCCAACACUUUGGUCUUCGUGGAAGGCAAGAACACCACGGAAUGAGACUGGAGGAUUUCAGAAUCAUGAAUGGUGACGACGGCAUCGAAUUUGUUGAGUUUGCAGAAGAGCCUACGAAAACAAGACCUGGAGGUUUGAGUGCAAAGCCAAGACAGUUCCAGCCCAAAAUGUAUCAGACUUAAAAAACGUCGAGAAAAAUGUUGUUUUGACUGCACGUGUGAUG